AUGGCUGAAGGAGGAGAAGAAAUAGAUUUGGUGGCAGAUUUACUUUCAAGGCCAUUUUCAAGAUGGACUUUUCAAGAAAAGCUGGACAUUGUUAAGAAAGGUCUGACAACUCCGAAGCUAGCUAGCCUGUCACAACCAGAAGGAGGAUUUGUCCGCCACUUUCAGGUUACCAACUACGAGCGGUACCCCUGGCUCACAGGGUCUGAGGAACACUGCAAAUUGUAUUGCUGGGAGUGCUUGUUAUUUGCCACUGGUCGACAUGGUGUUUGGAGCCACACUGGAUUUGUAAAUUUGACUUGCCUAACCAAGGCAGCAACGAGACAUCAAAGCACUGCCGGACACUUACAAGCAAUGGUGCUUUCCAAAACUUUUGGGGAAACCAGAGUGGAUCUACAGCUGAACGAGCAAGUGCGCAGGGAAACGGAGCUCCACAACGAAAAGGAACUUUCAUUUCGGGAACACAAUGAAAGCGCGGGAUCCAAUAACAGGAACUAUGUGGAGCUUCUUUCUCUCAUUGCUGAGAGCAACACGGAUUUACAUUACCACCUGUCCACCAAUAAAGUGUUUAGUGGGACGUCGGGUAAAAUACAAAACAACCUGAUCACUGCUAUUGCUGAAGUGAUGGGAGAAGAGAUAAGAAGUGACAUUAAAAAGGCACCGUUCGUCUCUAUUAUGGUGGAUGAGACGACAGAUGCGAGUAAUGCAGCGCAGCUAGCACUGGUCCUGCAUUACGUAAUGGGCACAGGUGUCAAGGAGCGAUUUGUCAGAUUUGAAGAUAUUACCAGUGGGAAGCGAGCCGAUGACAUUGCAGGUCUUAUCAUCAGAUUUUUUUUGGAAAAUGAAUGUCUGGGUAAAGUUGUGGCACAGAGUUUUGACGGCGCAGCGGUCAUGUCUUCUGGAUUAAAUGGGGUGCAGGCUAAAGUUAAAGAGAGAGCACCUUUGGAUUUAUUCAUACACUGCUAUGCACAUCGGCUCAAUUUAGUACUGACUCAAGGGGCCUCAAAGCUUAAAGAAUGCAGGAUCUUUUUCGGCCACCUCAAUGGCCUUGCUGCAUUUUUUUCUAAAUUGCCUCGGCGCACGCAACUACUGGACGAAAUCUGCCCGCGGCGUCUCCCUCGUGUGGCACCAACACGGUGGCAGUACACAUCCAGAGUGGUCAAUACGGUCUAUGAGAAGAGAGAUGCUCUAAAGGAACAGUUUCAUCACAUUCUGAAGCAUCAUGACAAGUAUGAUGAGGACACACAUCGAGACAUCGAGAGCCACUUUGGCAAGGACGGCCUAAAGCUUGUACGUGAGUAUGAGCAAACAGCACGCAAGAUGGCAGACUACAGGAACCAUCUGAAAUUCAGCCUCAGAUGUAGACAGAGCGGGAUCACUCCUAAAAGUCUACAGAUGAAAUCGUCAGUAAAAGGCCUGCGAGCUAACAAAAUCCUCCAGAAGGCACAGAGUCAGCUGCUAAAUGAACGGGUGAGACAAACUAACUUCACUAUUGAUGUUUUAAAAUCCAAAGAGGAGCAGAUCCACCAAAGACUUUCUUCACUUCUAGAUGAGAAAACACUUCAACAGGUGCUUGAGUUCACCGAGAAGGCUCGUCUAGCACAGCAUGAAAAGUCUAAAACCAGGCAAAAGAGGAAGUUUGAUCUACUUGCUGUGCGCCACAAACACCAGCACACUAUGGGGAGUGUCCUCCACAACCAGCAGAGAGAAGGAUGCCAGACAGAAACUAAAGAUGUGGACAAAUGGGUGAAGAACUUGUCUGACAAACAACUCACCCAAGCAGAGAAAAACGUCCUUUCUAAAGGGUUAAAUUUUGCGGUCACACCGAAACAAAUCCCGCUAGUGGAACUGAUUACAGCCACAGAAUCUGCUAUCAGAAACAACAACAUUGCUGAUUUGGAAGCAGAACAAUUGCGGAUAAAAGUUUCGGCAUGUCUCAGCAAUGCAAAACCCCCUGCAUCCAAUAUCAGCAUUGAGGAGAGGAAGGCCCUCACGGCACUCAUCAAGGACAACAACAUCAUCAUCAUCCUUCCAGCAGACAAGGGGAGAUGCACAGUUGUGCUAAACCAGACAGACUACCAUGAGAAAAUUUUGUCUCUGCUCAGUGACAAAAAUACUUAUGAGCCCUUAAAGCGAGAUCCAGGUAGUGGUUACAAGAAAAAGGUGAUAGAUUGUCUUAAGCAGUUAGUUCAGGACAAUGCUAUUGACCGGACCACAUUCCACAGAUUAUACCCAGGGGAAUCUACACCAAGUCUGUAUGGUUUACCAAAAAUACACAAACAGGGUGCUCCUUUAAGACCCAUUGUCUGCAUGAUCAAUUCAGUCACGUAUAACAUCUCUAAGUUCCUGGCCGCUGUUCUUAACCCGGUGGGCAGCUCAAAACACCACAUUCAGAACACAUUGGAUUUCGUGGAGAAAGUGAGAGAGGUCAUUAUGGAGGCAGAAGAAACCUUGGUCUCAUUUGAUGUUACAUCUCUAUUCACUUGUGUCCCAGUGACUGAAGCAGUGGAGGUAGUACGUAAUGACCCCAUUCUCAGUAAAAGAACCUCUCUCAACGCAGACCAAGUGUGCCUGCUUUUGGAACUGUGUCUUCAAUCAACAUAUUUCAUAUACAAAAGCCAGUACUACAGGCAGAAGCACGGGUGUGCCAUGGGUUCCCCUGUUUCACCUAUAGUAGCCAAUCUAUAUAUGGAAGAAGUGGAAAAGAGGGCUCCAUCAUCCUAUCCUGGAACACCACCGAGCCAUUGGUUCACAUAUGUGGAUGACACCUGGGUGAAAAUCAGAUCUCAGGAGGUACCACAGUUCACAGACCACAUCAACGGGGUGGACAAACACAUCAAGUUCACCAGAGAGGAUAUGGAAAAUAAGCUAGCCUUCUUAGACUGUGAAAUUUCCAUCGUCAACGGGACAUUGAAAGUAGAUGUGUACCGUAAACCCACACAUACGGACCAGUAUCUAAGGUUUGACUCUCACCAUCCACUAGAGCACAAACUAGGUGUCAUUAGGACUCUACAACACAGAGCUAACACCAUUCCCACAGACUCAGAGGCCAGGGAAGCAGAAGAACACCACGUUAAAAAGGCCCUGAGUAAAUGUGGAUAUCCCAGCUGGUCCUUUGUCAAAGCAGGGAGGACACCUAAAGAACGCUCCAAGCGAUUCAUGAGAGAGGAAGGACAUCCACUGCCUAAGCGAAAACCCUUAGUGAUCCCAUAUGUGUCAGGAGUAUCGGAACAGCUGAGGCGUAUUUUCUCGAAACACCGGGUCUCAGUGGCUUUCAAACCCCAAAACACGCUACGCCAAAGAUUGGUCCAUCCCAAGGAUCGGGUCCCACGGCACAAACAGAGUAACAUAGUUUACGCAGUUAAGUGCCAGGAGGAGUGCCGUGAAUUGUACAUCGGGGAAACCAAGCAGCCACUCCGCAUGUCACAACACAGAAGAGCUUCCUCGUCAGGCCAGGACUCCGCAGUCUAUUUACAUCUACAGGAUAGUGGUCACUCCUUUAAAGAUGAAGAGGUGCACAUCCUGGACAGGGAGGAGCACUGGUUUGAGAGAGGAAUCAAGGAGGCCAUUUACGUGAAAAAGGAACGACCAUCUCUGAACAGAGGAGGGGGCCUAAGGGUACAUCUGUCGCCAUCUUACAAUGCUGGCAUGCAAAGAAAUGGCAAAGGAGGUGUUGGGCCAGGAGAUGAAAGAGAAGCUGAAAUAAACACAAAACACUGGAAAGACAACGAAGAAAUGAUUGUCAAAGCCUAA